AUGAGAAAGAUGUUCAGCUAUAGAGAGGAAUUAGAGAGCAACAACUACUGGCAGACUUCUGUUCAAAUUGGCAGCUACAAAACCAAACACAUGUACAAGGAACUCAGAGGUGAGAAACCAAAUGUGCCUUGGUACAAGAUUUUCUAUCAGAAUGCUGCAAGACCUCGUGCGAAAUUUAUUCUUUGGAUUGCUCUUUGGGACAGAUUGCCAACAAAGAGUAGGCUGACCCGAUUUGGGAUUAUCACUGAUGGGAAUUGUGCCUUCUGUGGGAAGGAGGAGACUCAAGAGCACCUUCUUUUUGAGUGUGAAAUUACUGGAAAAAUAUGGAAAACAAUGCUUAACUGGAUUGGUAUGGACAGGAUUCCGCAUGGAUGGAGAAAUGAGAAGGCCUGGAUAUGCAUGGAAACAAUGAGGAAAGGCUGGAGAAGACUCCUCCUGAAGGUUGUCCUUGCAGAAACGGUGUAUGCGAUUUGGACUCUCCGAAAUGACAUCAUCUUCAAUAACCAAACCAUGGAUGAGGACCUACACCACAAGAUCAAGGUUAAUGUAGCUACGAGAUGCAGUGUGUUUAAUAAGCUCUCCAACCAUAUCAAUCUUGGGGGGCCUAGCAUUUGUUAG